AUGUUGGUGGCGUCACAGUCGAUCCCUAAAUCACAAGGCCCCUCAAGCUCAAGUCAAACCAGAAUGUGCUACCCCUUCAUUGGCUGGGGCUGGCCUAGUUCAAUUGUGACUGGUGGGUGCGAUAAGGUCUUGAGGGUCUGGGAUGGGUGGAUGAAAGGGUCGGGGUUCGAUCGAAAGAGGGGGUUAGGAGUAAAUCUAAAACAACGGCCACAGACGAGGGUUAGUAGGGUUUGUUUGUUCAUGUUCGCCCAAGUUCGGCCCUCCAUGCUAAAAUCCAAGAGGUCUCUCCAAAUCGUUCUCGAGAUACCUUGUUAUUCAGGGUUGCUUUCAUUCCUAAAAUUUAGCUUUAUUGUGUUUGUCCAGAUUUUCAAUUACUGGCUUUGUUGGAUCCAUCAAGGUUUUACCUAG